AUGCUUUUCUUCUCUAAGCGCAAGCUAAGGGUUCUGGUGCUUGUUCUAGGGAUAGCUUUUUUAAUCGCAGCUACGACCAGGGCGGUAAUACAAUUUCAGCUGGGCGAAGAAGUGAAUCAUUACAAUACCUACUUCAGCACUCACAAGGACAGCCUUCAUGACAUAUAUGAUCCAUUGAAUAUUAAGCAAAUACCCUAUGAGACAAUCAACGUGUUGUAUGAGAACCGUGUGAUGGAAGAGGGCCAGCGACAGAAAUCUAUCGACUGGAGCAAGUUUGCGUAUGUGAGUUAUGCCACGGAGCCAGAAUACCUUUGCAACACUGUCAUUUUAUUUGAAAAACUCAAACAAUUCGGAACUAAAGCCAAACUGGUCGUUCUGGUCUCAAAGGAUCUUUUAGAUUCGGAAAAUUCCGAUCAAAUAGUCUGUGAAAGGCUUCUGGAGCGAAUAAGGGAAGUUGACUCAGAGCAAGUUGUCAUUAAACUAGUGGAUGAAAUUGCUAAGCCAAAAGAUUCAACUCCUUGGAAUAAGAGCUUCACGAAGCUUUUAGUCUUCAACCAAACAGAAUAUGAACGCAUUAUAUAUCUGGACAGCGACGCUGCAUUGUUCGACAGUAUGGACGAACUCUUUUUUUUACCCUCAUAUGUCAACUUUGCUGCUCCACUAACGUAUUGGUUCAUUUCUGAAUCUGAUUUGCAAGCUUCCUACAAAGAGAGGCGAUCGGACAACAAAACACCCGUAAAACUGGAAAGUGUCAUCAAAACCCUGAACACUAGAGCAAAAAAGGGACAACCGAUCUACAAUCAUCUACCUAGUCUACCAAGCUCACUGGUAUUCCGGUCUGGUAAAAUCGCAAAAGAGAUUACUGAGUCCAAUUCUUUGUUAGCGAAUUUGUUCAAGUUGAGAAGGGGGACCACAAGCUCCAGGGUGAAAUUCGCUUCUGACAUAAUGGUUAUCAAACCCAAUAGCCUUACCUUCCAAAAGAUUGCUCAACUUUUAAUUCCAAAUAGUUGGGGACAAAAGGAACAAUAUGACAUGGAUCUGAUCAAUGAUGGUCUAUACAAUCUCAAAGAGAUAAUCAAUUCUCAAUUCCUGCUAUUUCGAAAGCUAAGAAGUGCAUUCGUUCCGGAAGUAAUGGUUCUACCUUUUGGUAAAUACGGCCUUCUGACGGGCUCUGUUCGUGAAAGAUUUCACCAUGAGCUCAUGGCCAAUGACAUUUUAGGCUAUAAAAAAUCCCAAGACGCUACCGGACCUUCGCUUGACUCUUUAGUCGCGAAUUGCAAAUACAUUCACUACUCGGAUUGGCCUAUAAACAAGCCAUGGCUGUAUUCUUCUUUCGACGAGCUGAAAUGUAAGCCGAAGGACAAGAAUGAAGAGCUUGAUGUAGAAAUGUGCAAGACCUGGAAUUCAAUCUUACAAGGCUUCUGGGAUUCUAAACACAUGUGCCAAGCGUGA